AUGGCCCUGCCGUAGGGCGGGUAUAAUAAUGAUAACGAGUCCAUAAUCUACUCCUCUCUCCACCGCGGCUUGAGAUAGCUGUUUUCAUGCCAGUCCGAGCUGUGCUCGCGCAGUGCGAGUAAGUAACAUAGUUAGUCUACGCUUGCGGAACCGGUAGAACAAGAAAACAGCUGGACCAGAUAUUACAACACAACGCGGCCAUAGGCCAAUGGUAGAUCAUGUGUAGUGCUGCCUUGCUCCGAAUUUGAGUUGUUCUUGGGCCAGGCUACUUCGACAUCGGUCAUCCCUGUGUACGGGUGUGACUCUGUGAGGCAGGUCGAUGAAGCUGAGACUAUGUCCACCAAAUCGGAAGAUGUCAUCCCAGCAGUCAGUUCUGCUGACGAGGAGACGUGUAGAUGUACAGGUGCCACAUCCGAGAGUGAAAAUCUGCUGCCUGCUGAAAAGAGUGCAGCAUUGCACGAGCAAGGAACUACUGCACCUGGAGCGGUGGAGAGUGGCAGCGGCCGGUUUUCCCGGUCUAAGGGAUUGACGUUGUGGGUAACCAAAGGAAUGAUACUGGUGACUAUCAUAUUCCCAGUUUCCGUUCCGUACGCCAUGGCAAACGCUACAUUGCUGGGCGGUGUGAUGCUGAUAUUGCUGGCCUCCACUGUUAUGAUGUACAUGGCUGUGCUGGUUGGCAGGUGCUGGGUGAUACUGAUGGAAACGUGGCCGGAGCGGUACCGUCAUCGGGAAGUCCGGGCACCGUACCCAGCGAUUGCCAAAGAGGCUGGGGGUCGUUUCUGGGAGGUCCUCAUGAUGCUCUCGAUAAGUUUCACAAACCUUGGAACAUCCGUGGUGCUCCUGCUCGCGGCCGCGUCCACUGCGGAUGUGCUGCUGCCUGGUCACUUUUCCAUUCGGGUGUGGACGGUGAUUUGCACCAUCGUCUUGCUGCCCCUGGUGUGCUUCGGAACGAUGCGGGAUUCGAAGUGGCUCGGAGUGUUUGGAGGCCCUGUGGCAUUCCUUGCGGGCCUCUGCAUGCUCUUAUCUGUUGUCCUGAGCAGAGUGUUCACGGAGAAUAGUACUAUUGGUGACUUGCAGCGGCAGUGGCCCGGAACAGGAACUCCAUCCAAUGUAUCAAGUUCCGUUCCGUGGACCAUAGGCUUGGCUACGUCUAGACCGGGCAGCACUGCCCGUGUAUCUCCACCGCAUCAUGACGACGGCACUAGGAAUACACUGACAUUCUCAUCCUUUUGGGUCGGCGUGACGACAAUUGUAUUCACACUGUCGCCGAUGGGCACCAUUCCGACGAUACAACACGACAUGAAGAAACCCGAUCUCUACACCCGUGCCGUUAUUCCUGCUUAUAUAGUCGCCGUUCUGUUCGACCUUUCCGUCGGAGUAGUUGGUAUGGACACAUUUGGUCAGCGGUCGAACCCGAACAUCUUGCGGAACGUGCAGUGUCGCAGCUCUCUGGCUGUGCGAAUCAUGUUAAAAAUCAGCAGCACGCUGAGCUGUGUAAACUUCUUGUGCGUCACCAUGGCUACUGUGCUACCGUUGACGCAGCACGUGGAGGAGGCUGUAAAACUACCGUUGAACGACACUGGUAUCAAGCACCUCCUUGUUCGCUCCGGCACUUUGCUAUUCAUCCUUGCUGUGAGCGUGGCAAUGCCUGAAUUUCACAAGUAUGCCUCGCUGAUCGGUGCCUCAUCAAUGGCGCUGAACAAUUUCAUCUGUCCUGCGCUCUUCUACUACAGACUGACAUCAGCUACCGGUAACACACUGCACCGUGCUCAAAUUGGCUUCUUGCUGUUCGUGUUGGUCAUUGGCAUAGCCAUAGGACUGGCAGGGACCUAUGUUGCGCUUAGGGGUAUUAUCGAGAGUUCCGCGGUGACGCCUUGCUAGUCCCGAGUGCUUUCUAUAAGCAGCACCUCGUCCUGAGCAGUGGUCGUGCACUAACAAACUACAGCAUAUUUAUUUUUAAAUUAAUUUAAAUUAUGAUUAGCCCCAUUUCAGGGAUUGCUUUUCAAUUUCUGGGGGUUCUAAUUUAAAUUCGGCGCUCAUUCCCUUCCCUUCUGGACCCAUCACCUGAAAUCAGUGCUAUGGACCCAUCACCUGAAAUCAGUGCUAUGGACCCAUCACCUGACUGAAUCAGUGCUAUGGCUCUGUGAAAGUCAUUGUUUGUUUUUAUUUUACUUCACCAAGUGAAGCCGGGGUCAGUUGAGAGCACGUCGGGAGUGUGGACGGCUCACUAUAAUCAGAAGAGUCCCGCAUAAUCACGGGGCUAGGGACUCUUGCUCAUCGUCACCUCCAAACCAAGAGCCCCCCCCCGUCCUAUUUUUUACUCUCUUCUUAAUGUAUUGUUGUUUGUCCCUGACAUGUUUUCUCACUUCACGCGCCUGAGUAGAUCUACUACUACCGUAAAGUACCGCCAGAGCGCCCCACCAUCUCAUCCUUUCGUGGUCGUAGCGUGGAGGUGGUCUGCUGUCUGUAGGUCAUACGACAUGAACCUUGUACACAUAUUGCACGGUUUGCAGUCAAUCCGUACCUUCGAGUGGACGCAAGCUCCACACAAGAACCUGCCAAGUGUGACCUUAGUACACUAAGAUUCUCACAUCGUACACACUUCGUUGCACUCUGCCAUACGAUUUUCCUUUCUCUGGCUGUAAAAUCAAGGUGGGGCGCUCUCGCGAGACGGGGCGCUCUGGCGGUACUUUA